AUGGGUAUGGUUUUCCGAGCCUCGCCCCGUCAGACCGAUGUCAUGAUCGUCGCUGGAACGCUGACUAACAAGAUGGCGCCUGCUCUUCGCCGUAUCUACGAUCAAAUGCCCGAACCUCGCUACGUGGUGUCACUCGGUAGUUGUGCCAAUGGUGGUGGCUACUACCACUACUCGUAUGCCGUGGUUCGUGGUGUCGACCGCAUCGUUCCUGUCGACAUUUACGUCCCGGGUUGUCCACCGACGGCUGAGGCUCUUGUCUUCGGACUGAUGCAACUCCAAAAGAAGGUCAAGGGCAACAAGUCCUUGCUGCUAAAACUGAGAAAGUAGGCCAAAAUCCGGAGUACCAGGCACAUAGUUUUCUGAAAAUUUUGUCUGCAGUUCCCGAAAUCUACACACAACGAACAGAAAAUGAAAGUGUCGUUGCAACCAGCCAGAUA